CCUAAUUGACCGCUCGCUCUCUCUCUCUCUCAUCCCUUUCGCUCUCUAUAUUCACGCAUCGAAGGGGCUAUUCCUGUUGCGUAAUACCUUUUGCAUUUCUAGGGUCUCAGACAUCAGUCUUCGCAAUUAUGGGAGGCGGAGGAGUGAUGAGAGCGGCAGCCAAGGUUGCCGGAGUAGGAGUAGCGAAAUGCGGCUUGCGAAGCGCUUCGGCGGAGAAUCCGGUCUCUGCCGCCGCUCGCAAGGCCACUCGUCCCGUCUCGGCGAUUGUUCCUUCAUCGGAAGAGGUGAAUCCGAGCGUGUUGGUGGUUUCGCACAGCGGGAAGAUUGAUGACGUGAUUCAGAGGCCGUGUUGCGAACUCAACGAUUGGGAAUUAACCGGCGGUCAUGAGGAACGUAUCAUUGAGGCCGAUGAUCCGAUGCCGAGGCUUGUUUUUGGUGACGCUCCGACUCUUCAGGAAGCCAAGGAGGCAACUUCUGAACUCAAAUACGCUAUUGAGAAGGUAUAUCUGUUCCCACCCAAUUUUGCUGGUCAGGACUCUUGCUUCCUACCGCCUUCAAAUUCAGAAGCAUUGGAGACCAAAGUAUGUGUUAACAGUGAAACUACCUUGGUGCCAAAACAUGCUUUGAAGGCAUUUAAGUUUCUCAGCGAAAGCACUGCUGCUCAGACUGUUGUUGCUUCAAUUGCUUCUGACCAAAAUGUAUGGAAUGCUGUGCUGCAAAAUAAGGCGCUACUGGAAUUCAUCCAGUCACAUAAAACUGAUAUUGAUCCUGGUGUAAAGGGAUCUGUUGCUGAAGCGGAUUUUCAAAAUGAGCAGUCUCCCAAGAGCUUUGAUGAUCCUGGUGUAAAGGAAUCUGUUGCUGAAGAGAAUUUUCAAAAUGAGCAGUCUCCCCAGAGCUUUGAUGAGUCCUCUGAUUUGAAGGAGUCUGCCUCUGGAAAUGGGUUUAUGGAUUACCUGCAGAGCAUUAGGCUCACAGUGGUGGAUAUGAUGAGCAACUUAUCUGAUUAUUUUCAGAGUUUCUUUGGUGGUUCAGCUGGGGAAAAACCAUCUCCAAAUGAUGAUGGAAGUGCCAGAACAACUUGCGUGGAUGCAGCUAUAGGAGCGUCCGUCAUGGGAUUAGUAGUCAUGGUGAUUAUGGUUGUCGUGCUGAAGCGAGUGUAGAACUCAUUUCUUGUCAACCUACACAAGAAUUUGUCGAAGCUACAGAUGUAUGUAAUCGAAGUUUGGUUGCACUGGUUUAUUACUCUUGUUUCUGAAUAAACAUCUUUCGUAUGGCUUAUCAGUUGGUCUAAUGAACUGUUAGCAAGUAAAUGACUCAUGAGAAGUUUCUUUGUACAGUUCGCCUUUCUUUCUGCUGAUGCUAAUGGAACUUACAAUGAACCAUAUCAUGAGACAUUUUUGCUUCUGCCUGACUCGAUCCCGCAAGGAUUUAGGACCCUUUAUGGGUCACUUCCCUCAUUGUAGUGGGAUGUACUGCCCCUCGGAGAUACAGCAUGUUGAUUAUGGUUGUUUAUGUUUCCAAACUACUUCCGAUGGAUCAAAUAUCAAAUGCAUAUAGGCGAAUCCUGUCUCUAAUGGUCUGACA